UACGAAAGAUCUAUAACGGGAGCGGAACGUCAUCUUAUCUCUAGGCAUUGUCGGUAUCGGAUUAUUAUAUUCGUUGUAUAAUUACGUGGGCUUAGUCGUAUCAGUGCUACCAACUACUACCUCAAGUUAGCUAACAUCAACAAUACUACCGCCAGAUAAAGCUUCCCUGUCCACUUACACAUAUGGUAAGGUAACACAGUUGGUGCUAUCUAUGCCCAUGUGCAUGUGAAAAGAUAUGUACAAUAUUUCGGUGUCUAUUGUUAUAGAAAAAUAGAAUAAAUUGAGGGCGGCUACUUAAGGCUAGAUACUUCUCUCCCUUGCGCGAGUACAUAUGUCUCUAGUGUUACUCGAGUACUGUGCUCCUAUCCCGUGUCUCACCCUCCCCUCAAGCCACCAGCCUCUUAUUAGGGUGCUGGGAGACGUCGCACAUUUAAUCUUGUCCAUGCUUCCUCCCGACCCGGUGUACCUAAUCAAACAAUGUCCGUCGAAAACAAACCCUCACCGGCCGGUGAAGGCCGAUUGCAACCUCGCCUGUCGAGGCUGACUAUGGUCGCUCUAACAUUCGCUAUUCUCAACACAUGGAUUGCAUUGGCGGGGUCAAUUGGCCUCGUCCUUCCCUCGGGGGGCUCGGUGUCGUUCCUAUACGGCUUCAUCUUCUGCGUGUUGUGUAAUCUGGCGCUUGCUGCGAGUCUCGGCGAACUAGCUGCUAUAUGGCCGACGGCGGGCGGCCAAUACCAUUUCGUCUAUGCGCUGUGCACAGAUGCUUGGAAGAAGUCCAUGAGCUUUUGGGUAGGCUGGACUAAUAUCGCGGGAUGGCUUACGCUGGUUACGACUGAGGGUUUUUUCGCUGCGCAAUUCAUCCAAGCAGCUGCCGUCCUAGCCUCAAACGGAACCUACGAGAUCGAACAAUGGCGCACCUACUUAAUCUUCCUCGCGAUCGUAACCUUCACAACCGGCUCCAAUAUCUGGGGGAACCGAAUCCUAGGACGAUGGAACGACGCCGCACUCUACUGGUCACUCCUAGGAGUAGUAAUCAUAAGCAUCGUCCUCCUAGCCACAUCCGAUAAAAACGACGCGCAUUUCGUAUUCGCCGAGUUCCAGAACGAGACGGGAUGGUCCGACGGUAUGGCAUGGAUCCUCGGACUAUUACAAAGCGCGCUCUCGCUCAUCGGAUUCGAUGCCGCGUUGCACAUGACUGAGGAAAUGCCUACUCCGGCCACCGACGCGCCGCGCGCGAUUAUAUACGCGGUUGUUGUGGGAGGUGUUACCGGCGUAGCGUUUAUCCUGGUUAUUCUAUUCUGCAUUACAGAUCCGGAUACCGUGCUUAAUACCCCGACGAAUAUGCCUAUCGCCGAAUUGAUAUUCCAGGGUACUGGAAGCCGAGCUGCUGCGACCAUAUUGACGUUGAUGUUGGCUGUGUGCUUUAUUAACGGGACGAAUGGAUGUGUGACGAGUUCGAGUAGGUUGUUGUAUGCUAUGGCUCGGGACAAGGGGAUAUUAUAUCAUAACUACUUCGCCCAUAUAACACCCAAGCUCGACGUCCCUGUGCGCACCAUCAUUUUCACAUUCGUCUUCAACGUGCUCUUCGGACUUCUCUAUCUCGGCCCGUCGGUCGCAUUUAGCGCAUACGCAGCUAGUACCACCAUCUUCCUUAACGUAUCAUACGCGUUCCCCGUAAUCGCCUUACUGAUACGGGGUCGCGGCAUAUUACGUAACUUCCGUACCGAAAAGGCGUAUUUCGCCCUCGGUCGCGUUUCCGGAUGGGUGCUUAAUAUCGUGGCGGCGGUUUUCGUGGUCGUUACUUCGGUGUUCUUCUGCUUCCCGACCGGACUCCCCGUUUCGGGAGAUGAGAUGAACUAUGUAGUCGUUGUGAUCGGAAUAUUCUUCAUUAUAAUCGGCACAUACUGGUUUACGUACGGCCACACCUUUGAGGGUCCCAAAUUCGAAGCCAUCAUCGGGCGUGCGCCCGGAGAUGAAGGGCAAUCGUCCAAUCCAGAUGUCUCUUUAGAGAAGACGAGCUCAGGCAAGAAAGAAGAUAUCGUCUAGAUAGAACCUAAGACCGGGAGGACAUACGAUUGGAUAUAAUGAAAGGGGAAAGACUUGUGAUACCCAGCUCCUCGUUUAUUCGAGUUUCUAGGCUCAGGUGAGCGACUUAGACUGGGGGCGUUCGUUGAAAGAUAUUUAGACACCCUCUUUAAUAUGCCGUAGAGAAGAACUCGAUCAUUACGCUUAAUAUACUGAUAGUAGAGUUUAGAAACCACCAAGUUUACAUAUCACAUACAUCA